UGCUUCUCUCGACAGUCUAACCGGUUGAAGUCCCACAGGUGAAUGUUAUGGGCCCCAUAUUUGUCUGUAAGAGGAAUAAGUUGUAAGAGGAAGUUGUUCUCUCAGUCGGGUCACUUUAAAAACAGCAGAACUGUUAUUUUGAGGAACUUUGAUCAGCCUGUGAGGCUCUGCUAUAAAGCAGCAUGUGAUCCUUUUGCUGUGUGGAUUUUCCCCCUGUGCGGUAUGGAAGAAACAGGUGUGACGGACAGUGUCACUGGAUUAAGUUUGACAGAAACCAGAGGAAAGAUUUUUGGGAGACAUUUGCACCCCAAAUUACAGGAAUCUCACACACACUGGUUUCAAGAGGUCCUGCUUCACUCUGAGUGUUAGAGAUGGACUCUUUGAGCGCACCAUCUCCGUGUCCCUCAGCAGGGGCUCAGCUCAGUGCAGAUGAGAUGAAGUUACUUGCUAAACUUGAGGAACAGAACAGGCUGCUAGAGACAGACAGUAAGUCUCUUUACUCUGUAAGCGGGGUCCUGCAAAGUCCCACCUCACCUAAAACCAUCUCAUGUGACGAUGACAUAUGGGGUCAUGUCAUUCAAGAAUGGGACGACUGGAGCAAGAGAAAAGUGGGACAGAUCAAGGUAACCGGCCGAUCGAUCGGUCAUGACUUCAAUGUGGGUGUACAAUCAUCAGUGAGCAGUAUCUCAUUUGUGUGUCCCCUUCAGGUGCUGAUCAGGAGGGGUGUCCCGUCUCACCUGCGGCCCGUGGUGUGGCAGCUGCUGUGUGACGCUCAGAACGUGGCCGUUUCACAGCACUACUCAGAUCUGCUGAAGAGCUCCUGUCCCGCUGAGACGCUGAUCCACAGAGACCUGUCUCGCAUCCUCCCACAACACCAGCUCUUUCAGGAGCUCCGGGACGCCACCUGCCAGGAGCCUCUGCUUAACGUGCUGAAGGCUUACUCAGUCUUAGACCGAGAGAUUGGCUACUGCCAGGGAAGUGUGUUUAUUGUAGGCCUGCUGCUCACACAGAUGGCUGAGGAGGAGGCCUUCUGUGUUUUUGUGAGGCUGAUGAAGGACUUCAGAAUGAGAGAGCUCUAUAGAUCCAGUAUGGUUGAGCUUGGCUGCUGCAUUUACCAGUUUGACUCGAUGAUUCAGGAGCAGCUUCCUGACCUUCAUUCCCACUUCCAGACUCAGGGUUUUCACACCUCCAUGUUCUCCUCAUCCUGGUUUCUCAACAUCCUCCUCUCAUCUCUGCCUAUCACAGCGGCCAUGAGGACUUUUGAUAUCUUCAUGUGUGAGGGUUUGGAGAUCGUCUUCCGGGUUGGUUUGGCUGUGCUUCACAUGAAGCAGGCAGAACUCAUCAAGCUCGAUAUAGAGGGAAUGAUGAACUGCUUGCAGAAUCUAGAAUCAUGGGGAUCAGAUCCUGAUGGGAUGAUUGAAGCAGCAUAUCAAAUUAAAUACAAUUCCAGCAGAAUGAAAGAACUGAGAAAAGAGUAUACAUCUAACAAGACUAAAGAGCUGAAGGAUCAGGAGGAACUAAAUGGACUUUCCUCAGAGAACAAACGUUUAAAGCAAAGACUUGACAUUCUGGAGAAGAGGUGCUCUGAGCAACUGGUGUCGCAGAUGAAGAAAGAGCUGGAGAAAUCUCUGCUAAAUGCAGCCAGGUCACAAAACACUUUAAAGGAGAUGCAGACGAACACCUUGCAGAUAGAAGAGAGCAGCAGCACUUUGCCUGAUGAGAACAGUGUGAUGUAUCUGCAGACGGAGCUGAUCAGCUGUAGACUCCGGGAAGCAGAUGCACUUGCAGGGCUCAAAGAGCUGAAACAGCACAUUAAAGACAUGGUAAAGAAAUGGCAGUGGCAGCAGGUGCAUUGUGGAGGUCAGCAGAAGGUCAGCAGUGCACAGAAUGACCUGCAGGUGGAGCUGUUGAGCACAAGACUGAAGGAUGCGCUCACCCAGGCCACGCUUAAAGAGAGCCGCCACAAACUGCUGCAGCUGCAGACAGAGGACAAAAUUCAGAGCGACCACCUAAAGCGUACAGAAGAGCAUAUAAACAGUCAGCGAGAUCAUCUACGGGAGUUGACGUCACAGAACCAAGAUCUGCACAGCCAGUUACAACAGAGCAGACAACAGUUUUCAGCUCUUCAAUUCAAGAUUCGAAUCCUCUCCAAGAGUACUACGUCAUUUUCUCAAACCACGCUGAAGCCUUCCACGUCCGCCUCUCUGGAGCACAAUGACACCUAAAAAUGGACAGCAGCCUUAACGUCCCGUCAACCUGUCUCCAGAAGCAGUGAAGACGUUCUCGACCCACUGCUGCAGUGUCCACUCUUCACAGCUCCAGCUGCUAAUCACGCUGCAACACAUCAAGUGUCAUGAGCAAAGACUCACUGUGACAGUUUUGCCAUUAACACUUAAAAGUGACAACAAGAUUAGGCAUUCUUCUUCU